UACAACCUGGACACUCGACACGUAUAGACACUCUCCUGCGCUUUGCUCCAUUAAGCACAACAUGUUCUUUUUUCGGCACCCGAUGGCCUGAUGCUGCAUUCUAGCUCGGCUGAAACCGCGAGAAACUGACCCGCGAAAGCUGCGCGCACCCGAUCGCAGGAAAGGGCACAUACAGACUUCUCUCAUGGACACCUUUGUGGGUGACGGGAGCGAACACUCUUUCCUGGGCGCCACAGGCCCUUACAUGAGCACAGCAAGCGGAGGUCCCUUUUGCAACGGUCAUGGCUUCUCCGCUGCGGGAUGCUCGAAGCAGGCUUCCAGUGCGUUCGUCCCCGCAUCUCAAGUCAUGGGUGCUGGCCCAAUCGUUGCAUAUCCGGGAUGGCAAGGAGCGAAUACAGGUAUAGCAGGCGGUCAGAACACUAUAUUAGAUCAAGGAAGUAGCCUCGCAGCUAUAAUCGAGAUUCAACAAUCACACUUGAAUUCUCUCCGCCAAAAGGAAAGAGAGCAAAGAGAAGAAGAGGGAAAGAAACUCAAGCAGAGUCUCGGGCCUGAGCUCAUAGCAACUAGGAAAGGGCCUGGUGGAAUGACGCUUUCUUACCUCUCAACGCAUGCUGCUAUCAGUAUUGCCAACUCAACUUUCGGCUGGGAGAACUGGAGCUCUUUCAUCAUCAGCUUGGUGCCGCGCAUCAUUCCCGAUGAGACUAGAAACGGAACACGAUACACUGUCCUCACAACCUGUAUCACCAGGGUCACGCAUCGCAGCGGCGUCUCGCACGAGGACGUCGGCCACGGCUGCUCAAAGAAUCAAAGCGAUCUGGCGACUGCACUCGAAAUCGCUGACAAGACAGCUGCAUCCGACAGCCUCAAAAGGGCUCUCAGGCAGCUUGGCGAGCGACUUGGCCUGUGUCUAUACGACCAGGGCUUUCUCGCUGAAGUCAGGAAACUCAAAAACGUUUUGACCCAGCAGAUCUAUACCGCGGAGAGGAGCUGGAGAUGGAGCUUCGCAAGCAAGCUGAGGCCGCCGACGGUGCGACCAAGUUUGAAUCUAUCAAACGGCCACUUCAACGAGCGACGACGUCUGUGCUGUCCCAUCAAAAUCUUCAAGAUGAAGCAGUGCCUGCUGAGAAGAGCAAUGCUGACAAGAGCUUUGAAGUGCGUCCGUCUAAAGUCGGGAACGGAGGCAGUGGUGGCAAUGGUGCAGUCAGCAACGGCGCCGAAACCAGAACACAGAAUUGUCACGGAGCCCCAAAGCGUCUUCUGGCGGAGACGUCGCUGAAUUCAAUGCAACCGCCUGUCAAAAGAGCGCUCACAGAAGCUCCCAAGAAGCCUCGUAUAGAUGUCACACCGACUGCCCAGAAUCAGCGACAUCAGCAAAAGGUGCCACAAGCUCAGCACAAAUCAAAUGAUGCCGCUCAAGAAUGGCACACGCAGCAGCC